UGGUGACCGCAAGGCGGUUCAAAAUAACGUUGGUUCCCAUCUCGACCUCCUUGCUCACCUCUUCCACGGUCUCGCCCACCUUCACUCAUUCUUCCCUCGUCGACUUAUCGCUUCACUCUUUCAGCGAUAUCUCGCAUUACGCUCUUUCCGACCUUGUGUCUCUCGUUCUCUAUCAACUCACCAGCUUGCGAACCGACGGUGCUCUAAGCAACUACACUCCUUAAUCAACACUACCAACCCCAGAGUUAUCUGCACGCCAUCGACACGCCCUAACGAAACACAAUACCACCCAUAUCAUAAUGAUGAACAUCAACUUUAUCAAGCGCAGCGAGGAUGACAGUCUUAGCUCUACCCACCUUGCCCUGCUCGUUACCCUCAUGAUGCUCGUUCUCCUCGGCAUGCUGUGCAUAGGAGGCCUCAUGUUCCUCCGUAGCGUCCGCAGAGGCAGGAAACAAGCCGAGACCGACCCAGAACUCCCCGUCUACGAGAAGCGCCAAUCAAAUGUCAACCGCCUGACUAUCACUGCGAUGCCGUACAAGGGCCGGGAAUCCGUCAUCACCUACUCGGAAAAGCAGAGCCUCAUGGACAGCCCUACCAGCCCUGUACCCGAGAUCCGCAUCACCUUCCCCGACGAGGUCGACGAGUCUGGCAAGCAACAAUCGGGUCGCGUUGUCGUCGUUCGCGUUGGAGACCAUAGUGUCGGACUGGAGCCUGUGCAAGAGGACCUCCCAGCCUACCAGCGUGACGCAUCAGACCGCUUCGACUCGCUCGACCUGGAUCGCAUGGGCGGCCUGAAGGAGAAGGACGACAAAUACUACUCAUGAAUCUCAUGAAACCAACCUCAACACCCGGCUAGACUGCUGCUACGGAAAGUCUAGCAGCCCGGGCCUCCCAGCCACUUGGCUACGACCGACUUACCCUUGAUGACGGCUAUACCGCGCUGAGUGUCAGCUUCUCCGU